GAGUUCCUCCUCCUGGCGUUGGCAGACACGCGGCAGCUGCAGCUCCUGCACUUCUGGCUCUUGCUGGGCAUCUACCUGGCUGCCCUCCUGGGCAACGGCCUCAUCAGCACAGCCGUAGCCUGCGACCACCGCCUGCACACCCCCAUGUACUUCUUCCUCCUCAACCUCGCCCUCCUCGACCUGGGCUGCAUCUCCACCACUCUCCCCAAAGCCAUGGCCAAUGCCCUCUGGGACACCAGACACAUCUCCUACGCAGGAUGUGCUGCACAGGUCUUUUUCUUUUUCUUCUUCAUCUCAGCAGAAUAUUAUCUUCUCACAGUCAUGGCUUAUGACCGCUACGUUGCCAUCUGCAAGCCCCUGCACUACGGGACCCUGCUGGGCAGCAGAGCUUGUGCCACCAUGGCAGCAGCUGCAUGGGGCACUGGGGUCCUUAAUUCCCUGCUGCACACUGCCAAUACAUUUUCCCUGCCUCUGUGCCAAGGCAAUGCUGUGGAUCAGUUCUUCUGUGAAAUCCCCCACAUCCUCAAGCUCUCCUGCUCGGAUGCCUACCUCAGAGAAAUUUGGCUUCUUGGGGUCAGUGCUUCUUUAUCAUCUGGGUGUUUUGUUUUCAUUCUUUUCUCCUAUGUGCAGAUCUUCAGGGCUGUGCUGAGGAUGCCCUCUGAGCAGGGACGGCACAAAGCCUUCUCCACAUGCCUCCCUCACCUGGCUGUGGUCACCCUUUUUCUCAGCACUGCCUUCUUUGCCAAUCUGAGGCCCCCCUCUCUUUCCUCCCAAGCCCUGGAUCCGACGAUGGCAGUUCUGUACUCGGUGGUGCCUCCAACCCUGAACCCCCUCAUCUACAGCAUGAGGAACCAGGAGCUCAAGGAUGCAGUGAGGAAAAUGAGGUUCAUCUUGGGAUUGGUGAUCUUCAUCAUGUUUAUGAGUGAAAUAGACAGUGGGAUGGAGUGUACCCUCAACAAGUCUGAUGAUGACACCAAGCUGAGGGGUGCAACUGAUACAACAGAAAGAACAGAUGUCAUCCAGAGGGACCCGAACAAACGUGAAAUCCUCUCCACCCUCAGUGGAGGCAACAGCUUCAUCCAAGUCAGCAUCGUUAGCAGACUUGCUCAGAACAUCCUCUGGUCCUACAUGCAAGUCAUUGAUGAAAACUUUUAG